AUGGCAGCUGCUGCUGCUGCUAAUGCUGCUCAGGGGCCAGUGUUUCAGACCGCACGUCAGUCGUCGACAGUGGGUCUUGUUGAUGGAAGAUCGAAGGAAAAUCGGGGAGAAAUCCAGACAGGAACUGUCUUGAAACUGACCAGCUCUCCAGUGAGAACUUCUCAAGAAGUUUACGACAAACUAAAGGACCCAGAAUGGACAAAGAAGCUGGAAGCCCUCAAGUUGCUGUCGACUUUAUCUACGGACAGCUCCUUUGCGCAGGAAUUCAUCAGCAAGCAAGGAUUGUACUUGUUAACCUCCAUCGUCAAUAACAGGGAGCAGUAUGUAGGGACUCCUCUGGCAUUUUGCCUGAAAUCCUUUGUGUCCCUAAUGGAUCACAGUAUCGUCAGUUGGGACAUUGUGGACGAGGUUUUUAUAGAAAAGGUGGCCAGCACCCUUGACGACGAGUCCUGCUAUUCCGAUAACAAUGUCGAUAACACAUGUCUGCAGACAGCCUUGGAAAUUAUUGAGGCAGUUCUACUGAACAGUGACAAGUACACAAUUGUGGAGAAGUACGUCACCCCAGGACAGAUCACGAAACUGAUGACUGUAUGCCGCAAGUCCAGUGAACUACACAAAAACUUCAUCGCUGUCAUCAAUGCCCUGUUGAUGAAGGCCAAUCGGCAAAAACACAAGGAAAUUGCCGAAAGCCUUCAGUCCAAGAUGUUUCGAAAUAUAAUUCUUGACCAUGUCAUUAUGGCUUCAAAAGUAAUCAACAACGAUAUGGCACAUCAACUCAGCAUUCUCCAGACCCUCAUGUUGAACCUUAACGAAGAACGGAUGAAAUCACUUCCAGAUCCUUCCGAAAACAUCAAAGACAUCAUUGAGCUGCGGAAGAUUGCCUUCGACUUUGAAGGGGAUGUGGCCUCCCGCAAGACAAUGACCGUCAGUAGGGACUUCGCUAAGGACGCAGUCAAAGACGCCAGGAAACUGGGCUUUACGAACUUUGCACGCCCUCUGGACGACUUCAAUGAAGUACCUCCUGGUGUUCUGGCCCUUGAUUGUAUGCUCUACUUUGCAAAGAAUCACACAGACAGUUACAUAAAGGUGGUGUUGGAGAAUUGCUGCCGUGCUGAUGAGCAUGACUGUCCAUUUACACAGACCAGCAUUUACCUGACCAAGAUUCUUUGCGAAAUUCUUAAAAUCGGAGAACCACCAUCUGAAGACAGCCAUAUUUACUAUAGAAUGUUCUUCACCCAUGACAAACCAUUUGAAGAAUUCUUUUGCUCCUGUAUCCAGUUAUGGAGUAAAUCUUGGAAAGAAAUGAGGGCCACAACUGAAGACUUUUCAAAGGUGUUGAGUGUUGUACGUGAACAGAUUACAAGAGGAUUAAGCAUGAAGCCAAUGUCAUUUGAUGACUUCAAAGAAAGAUUGAAGCAAUUCACUUACGCUGAGAUCCUAAAGAGUUGGGAGAAGGAUCGACAGAACAAAGAAGCCUGGGAAUCGCAAGCUGAACCUAUCAUUGAACUCCGUAAACAAAUCACCCCGGAUAUAAAAGAAAUGAUCAAGCGACAGAGGAUGAAUUACCUGAUGGCUGGAACAUUGUUUUGUAAAAUUACUACAAGAGUGAAAUUGAAAGGUAAAAACCAGGAGUGGGGUUGACUCUGUGGAAUCGGG